AUGGAAAGUGGCGGUUCUUUAAAAAUUUCGAGAUGCCCUCAGGAGCAGGGAAAUGAGGAAAACAGCACUGCAUGCAACCAUAUCGAAAAUCUCGAACUAGACAGUGCCGAGAGUUCAGCCCAAGAUUCCCGUCCUUUCAGUCACAAACGGGCGGAUAAAGAGGGCCGCUCUGAAGAGAGCAAAAAAGCCUCUUCCCAGGUUCUUGCUAGUAACUUGGAUGAUACUCUUGGUUCCCUUAUACCGGUAUACUCUCAGCCAAUUUUGAAGAAGACGCUUAUAUCGAAAGCAUAUUUAACCUACAUGGAGCUUGCUGCGCUAGAAGAAAAGUGCCAAAGUGUUGAACACACCCAAGCGGCGGCUGUGAAAGAUCCAACGCCACCUUAUGACUAUUGGGAAACACUGAUGAUUUCACGUCGUCGGCUGCUUCUUGAGCAUCUCCAUUUUUUCCUUAUCACUCACCAUCCGUCUGCUCCACCACAACUUCGUAAUCUGGCGGCUAACCAUUCCAUGCCGGCGCGUAUGUUGCAACAUGGUAUUCAUUCAUUCUUGGAGUCACUUCAAACGCGUGAACCAUACAAUAAGAAACAUAUGUUGGAGUUUAUGCAUUGGGCCUACCUAAUAGUGGCCUUGCUCUGUAAGACCGUUCCGGCUUUCGAAGAUACGUGGAUAGAGUGUCUCGGUGAUCUAGGCAGAUACCGUAUGGCUAUCGAGGACGAGGAUAUGCGCGAUCGCGAUACCUGGGCUGGUGUUGCACGAUCCUGGUAUACGAAGGCAGCGGACAAAAACCCGAUGACUGGACGGCUCUAUCACCACCUCGCCAUCCUUGCGAGACCGAAUGCUCUCCAGCAGAUGUACUAUUACUCCCGGUCGCUGACUUGCGUCAAGCCGUUUGGAAGCGCACGCGAGUCAAUCAUGACGCUUUUGAACCCGAUUCUUGGAUGCAGCAAGGCCAGCUUCACGCAAGCCCUUCCGAUUGACGCGUGUUUCAUCAAAGCACAUGGCCUGCAGUUUGUGGGCGAUUCGGUUAAGGAGGAGCAGACAACAGAAGAAUUUUUGAGCGCAAAAGCCGAGUUCCUGGAGAGCCUUAGCGAUCAUAUUGGUCGGGUUACGGCAAAGUGGAAGGACCAGGGCGUUUGGAUCGCCGUUACUAAUAUCGCAGGUUGGUUCGAUUUCGGUGUUGACGACAACGCACUACGUCAAGCUUUCCUCAUUGAGCUCUCUGAGAAGGCCAAAGAGUCUGUCUCAGUCGCUCCUAAAACAUCAGCGAUCGAUCAACCAGAUCCUCUUCAGCCUUCUGCUACUCCGGACGAAAUUAGUGGGAAGCUUGCGCAACUUACUAAGCGACUCAUCUUUAAGAACGCCCGGCUUCUCUUCAACGAUACAUUCGCUCUUGCAUUGCGCCGAGUAGGCGACAAGAACGUGCUUUCUCACGUCAACACCAAGCUUGCUUUUAUUGUAUCGCUUAUUUCCAAUCGAUACAUUUCUAUUUGCUUCGACGAUAUUCCUUGGACCGAAGUCAUCGCCUUUCUCAAUACGUUACUGGAAACAGAAACCCAGAUCCAUCAGCCAUCGCCCACCAACUUACUCGCUGAGAAUCUGUUUCCAGCCGGCGAUGAAAGGCCAGACGAGCUGCCACUUCCAGAAGACUACCUUUCUCGAGGCCUGAUCUGGACCCAUGGCUUCUUCCCCAAGAAUUGGUUCGAUAGAGAGCGCGACGAGGAAGAACGAUAUAUCGAACACGCAAGUACUGCCAGGAACCGGACCAACAGAAUCCUGAGGCUCGGAUACGCACUUGCAAAACAUGACCGAUGGAUCUCGUAUGACGACCCCACACACACAUUCAGGGUCAGCAGCAAAGCAUCCUAA